GGCAGGCAGCCGCGGACCAGUUCAGUAAGCUAGCUGCAGAAGUGUGCACUCGGCAGUCUCCGUGUUUCUCCAGUCAAAGGAAAUAGCGUCUCAACACUUAUGCCACACAGCGGACACCGGCCGAACGCUGAGCAAGGACUAGACUGCAACCUGACGGUUUUCUGGAUUUAUUAUUAGCCAACCGUUUAUAAAAGGAUUACCGACCACUGUAACGGAUUUCUAACGAGGCGGUCCCAAAUGAAAGCGAUGUGAUGAAACAGCGAGAGAAAAAUCCACUCCAAGUUGGAAUAAUUUCGCCGGACGGAUAUAUCUUCAUGUUGCUCUUCAAGUUCCUUCAGGAAACGCUGAAAAAGUCGAAACGGGCUGGGAAACACUCGGGCAAGCUGUCGGUUUGCUAUGAGAUUUUAACUCUGUCACUGAAGAAAAAGAUGGCAGCGGAACUGUUUUCAGCUAAGAGCCACACCAACCUCCAGAGCGCCGGGACCACCGCAGUCAGCCCGUCCGAGGAGAACAGCCUCGGGUCGGUCACGCAGCCGCUCAGCCCCGCCACGACACCCACCACCCAGCAGAACAUCCUCAACAACAACACAGAGAAACCCGCCGUGAGUGCGGCUCACCCGACGCUCCGAGAGAGAAACGCCUCAAUGUUUAAUAACGAACUGAUGGCUGACGUCCAUUUUAUUGUCGGACCACCAGGAGACACUCUCAGAAUUCCGGCACAUAAGUACGUCCUGGCCGUGGGGAGCUCCGUCUUCUGCGCCAUGUUUUACAGCGACCUGGCGGAGACCGAUUCCGAGAUUCACAUCCCAGAUGUGGAGCCGGCCGCGUUCCUCAUCCUCCUGAGGUACCUGUACAGCGACGAGAUCGAGCUGACGCCAGACACCGUGAUGGCCACCCUGUACGCCGCCAAGAAGUACCUGGUGGGGGCGCUGUCGCGCGCCUGUGUGGCCUUCCUGGAGACGGGGCUGGAGGCGGGAAACGCCUGCGUGCUGCUCAGCCAGAGUGUGCUCUUCGAGGAGCCCGGCCUAUCGCAGCGCUGCUGGGAAAUGAUUGACGCGCAGGCCGAGCUGGCCCUCCAAUCAGAGGCCUUCUGCCAGAUGGACCCGCCCACGCUGGACCGCCUGCUGCGGCGCGAGACGCUGAGCGCGCGGGAGGCGAGUGUGUUCUCUGCCGUGGGCCGCUGGGCGGAGGCCGAGUGUGUGCGGCGCGGGCUGAGUGUGUGUGCGCGGAACAAGCGCAGUGUGUUGGGGCCGGCGCUGGCGCUGCUCCGCGUCGCGUCGCUCUCGCUGCAGGAGUUCGCCGACGGCCCCGCCCAGUCCGACCUGCUGACGCUCGAGGAGACCAAUCAGAUGUUCCUCUGGUACACCGCCGCCAACAAGCCCCACCCCCCCUUCCCCUCGUCGCCACGGCGAGGACUCCGCCCCCAGCGAUGCCACCGCUUCCAGUCAGCCGCGUACCGGAGCAACCAGUGGCGUUACCGCGGGCGCUGCGACAGCAUCCAGUUCUUGGCCGACCGACGGCUCUUCCUGGCCGGCGUGGGUCUGUACGGGUCGAGCGGCGCCGCCGCUGAGUACGGCGUGCGGAUGGAGCUGAAGCGGCAGGGCGCGUCGCUGGCGGUCACACACACACGCUUCACCUCCGACGGCUCCAGCGCCGUGUUCCCCGUUCUGCUGGAGCACCCGGUGCUGGUGGAACCGGAUGCGUUCUACACGGUCAGCGUGGUUCUGGAGGGAACCGAGCUCAGCUACUUUGGGCAGGAGGGCCUGACGGAGGCGCAGAGUGGGAACGUCACCUUCCAGUUCCAGUGUUCUGCAGACAGCACCAACGGAACCGGCGUCCAGGGGGGACAGAUCCCAGAGCUGGUGUUCUACGCCUGAGGACACACACACACACACAGACAGACAGACAGACACACACACACACACACACACUCAGACUGGACAGAUCCCAGAGCUGGUGUUCUACGCCUUAGGAUUGCACUGAGGCUCACACACACACAGGACUCGACUCUUACAGGACACACACACACACACACACACACACACACACACACACACACACACACACACACACACACACACACACACACACACACACACACACACACACACACACACACACACACACACACACACACACCCUCUGCACUGCUGGAACUGCCAGACUCCAGGGCUGUGUAUUAUGCCACUGACAGAUGAAUGCCCUUUCUUUGGACUUAUUUAUUUUCUUAAAAAAAACAAAAAACAAAAAAAACACCAUAAUUUAAUUCUCUAAACCUUAUUUUAAUUUAAAGCUGUUAUUGUAUUUUAAUUGUUGUUUAAUUAUUGGCCUUGAGAUGUGGCUGGACACUGGAUUUGCACUUGACCGGCUCGCUGCCUGCUGGCCUCUCGUUCCGCUGUAGCUAACUUAACACCACAGACUUUAUUAUUUUAUUAUAUAAUUAUUCAUGUUUUAUUCUUAUUAUGUGUUCAUUGUCAACUGACAGCACACUGUUGCUCCUGAACCUGAGGUCAUAAAACUUUUUUUACUGAGAAAACUUGCACUCAUCUCCCCUCAUUUGAACAGGGACACUCAGCAGUACUACACGCACACACACAGAGACAGACA